AUGGGCAAAAAAGAUACAAAAGUGAAGGUCGUGGCCGUUGGAGAUGGUGCAGUCGGAAAGACAUGUUUGUUGAUGGUCUAUGUGAACAACGAAUUUCCUGAAGAAUACAUUCCAACUGUUUUUGAAAACUAUGACACUAAUGUAAAAUAUAAAUCACAAAAUGUGACGCUUUCCGUUUGGGAUACUGCUGGACAAGAAGAUUACGAUGAACUGAGACAUCUCUCCUAUCCAAAUGCCAACUGCUUCUUACUCUGUUUUUCAAUCAACAGCUACACUUCUUUCAACAAUAUCAAAACGAAAUGGAUACCUGAAAUCACAAAAUUCUCUCCAAAAACUCCAUUCAUUCUCGUUGGAACAAAAGGAGAUAUGAGAACAAGAGGAGGUUCGGAUUUAGUGAAAAUUGAGGAAGCAGAGAAAAUGGCAAAAGAAAUUGGAGCACUUGCAUAUAUUGAAACAUCGGCACGUACAAGAAAAGGUGUGGAUGAUGUGUUUCACAAAGCAAUGGAUUCGAAUUUGAAGAAGGGAUGUGUAAUUAUGUAA